AUGUACGUGGCGGGGGUGCAAAUGAAGAAGGAGGAAGGCCAGGCGUCGAUAUACAAGGAGGGCAGAGGGUUGAGCGGCUUGAAGAGCAACGACAGCGAUGCGCGCCUUGGGUCUGCGGCGGUCAGGGCAACAGUACAGGGUGACAGAAAGCCGUGA